GUAGAAAAAACGACUGACUACCCUUCGGCUGAGUACUCCCUGGUGGAGGAUGUAGCCCUCCACUUCACGUGUUUGAUGGACAGACUGAACGAGCAGCGCCUCUUUCAGCCGGACCUGUGCGACGUGGACAUCGUGCUGGUGCAGCACAAGAGCAUCUUCCCGGCGCACAAAGGGGUCCUGGCAGCCUACAGCCAGUUCUUCCACUCCCUCUUCACCCAAAACAAGCAGCUGCAGCGUGUGGAGCUCUCGCUGGAGGCCCUCACCUCGCAGGGCCUCCAGCAGAUCCUCAACUUCAUCUACACCUCCAAGCUCCUCGUCAACUCCUGCAAUGUGCAGGACGUGCUGAACGCGGCCGCCGUGCUGCAGAUGAACAACAUUGCCUCCUCCUGCCAGGACCUCCUUGACACCCGCUCCCUCAGCCUGGCUGCUGACAUGGCCCUGCCUGCUGAGGGCUGCGCUGGACCCCCACCCUACUACUGUGAGAUCAAGCAGGAGGUGGAUGCUCCUCAUCCCAAGAUUUAUGCCCGGGAAGGCAACGACCCCUACUCAGUGCGGGUGGAGGAUGGAGCAGGUGGUGGGACGCUCCCCGCUGGUCCAGCCAAGCAGUACUACAAGGAGGAGAAGGAUGGUGGUCCCGGGACUGUCUGUAAGAUGGAAGGUGAAGAGUCUGAGGAAGACCUGGAUAGCCAGGGCUCGUACAACCGGGAGCAGAUCAUUGUGGAGGUGAACCUCAACAACCAGACCCUCAACGUCUCCAAGGGCACGGAGGGGAAGGCGGCCGCCAGCGAGGCGGCUGUGAUGGGGCGGCCUGAGGGUGAUGGACGUGACACAGAGGAGGAUGGGGAGGAGGAGAAUGAGGAAGGGGAGGAGGAGGAGGAAGAGGAGGAGGAUGCGGAGGUGGGCGAGGAGGAAGAGGAGGAGCACAGCGAAGAGGAAGACCUGGAGGAGACGACGGAAGAAGAGGAUGAUGAUGACGACGACGAAGACGCGUUGGAGAUGAAAAGGGAAAAAGGCGGGUCCCGCAGAGGCAGCCGGGCAUCCAAAGCCACCAAACCUGCCAUGGCAACCAGGUCCCAGGAGAUGGCCAAAGCGGAAGAGGAGGAGGAGGAAGAAGAGGAAGGCCAGCGAGGGAGGAAGAGGAAAAAAGAGCAGGACGGUUUGGGGCAGAAGGUGAAGCUGGAGGAGAAGCAGCACUACCCGUGCAAGAAGUGUCCCCGGGUCUUCAACAACCGCUGGUACCUGGAGAAGCACAUGAACGUCACCCACAGCCGCAUGCAGAUCUGCGACAAGUGCGGCAAGCGCUUCCUGCUGGAGAGCGAGCUGCUGCUGCACCACCAGACUGACUGCGAGAAGAACAUCCAGUGCGUGACGUGUGGGAAGGGGUUCAAGAAGCUCUGGUCCCUCCACGAGCACAACAAGAUCGUCCACGGCUACGCUGAGAAGAAGUUCUCCUGCGAGAUCUGCGAGAAGAAGUUCUACACCAUGGCCCACGUGCGCAAACACAUGGUUGCUCACACCAAGGACAUGCCGUUCACCUGCGAGACCUGCGGGAAGUCCUUCAAGCGCAGCAUGUCCCUCAAGGUCCAUUCACUCCAGCACUCUGGGGAAAAGCCUUUUAAAUGUGAGAACUGCAACGAGCGCUUCCAGUACAAGUACCAGCUGCGCUCCCACAUGAGCAUCCACAUCGGCCACAAGCAGUUCAUGUGCCAGUGGUGUGGCAAGGACUUCAACAUGAAGCAGUACUUUGAUGAGCACAUGAAGACGCACACGGGGGAGAAACCCUACAUCUGCGAGAUCUGUGGGAAGAGCUUCACCAGCCGCCCCAACAUGAAGCGGCACCGCCGGACCCACACGGGGGAGAAGCCCUACCCCUGCGACGUCUGCGGCCAGCGCUUCCGCUUCUCCAACAUGCUCAAAGCCCACAAGGAGAAGUGUUUCCGCGUCAGCAACCCCUUGGCUUCGGACACGGCCACCCCCCACCCCGCCGCCAGCCCGGCUCCUCUGCCCCCCGGCCCUGGCCUCUCCCCUCUACCCCUGCCCUUGCUUCAUCCCCUUCCACAGACCCUCCCUCCUCCUCCUCACCUACCGCCACCCCCUCCCCUCUUUCCUGCGGGGAGGAUAAAUUCCAACAACAACUAG